CGCGGCGCCUCUGGGAAAAAUCAAAACAAACAGCUGUGGUGGGACACGUUAGCACGACACUGUUGCUACCCUGUACCUGUACAUCACCAGAGUCACCACCUGAGAGCUUCAUCAUGUCGAAUAUGGAGAAACAUUUAUUCAACCUGAAGUUUGCUGCCAAAGAGCUACAGCGCAAUUCCAAAAAAUGUGACAAAGAAGAGAGGGCAGAGAAGUCUAAAGUGAAGCAGGCAAUCCAGAAGGGUAACAUGGAGGCAGCCCGGAUCCACGCAGAGAACGCCAUCCGCCAGAAGCAUCAGUCCAUUAACUUCUUGAGGAUGAGUGCUCGUGUGGAUGCUGUAGCGUCCAGGGUCCAGACAGCCGUAACUAUGAACCAGGUGUCUAAAUCCAUGUCUGGAGUGGUCAAGUCCAUGGACGCUACACUGAAGAGCAUGAACCUGGAGAAGAUCUCAGCAUUAAUGGACAAGUUUGAAAACCAGUUUGAGACUCUUGAUGUGCAAACAGCUCAGAUGGAAGAGACGAUGGGGAACACGACCACUCUGACCACACCUCAGAAUGAAGUGGACAUGCUGUUACAUGAGAUGGCUGAUGAAGCAGGCUUGGAUCUGAACCUGGAGCUCCCUCCAGGCCAGACGACCUCACUGGCUUCAUCUGUGGCAUCAGUAGAGCAGGAUGAGCUCUCGCAGAGACUGUCCAGACUGCGUGACCAGGUGCGAUAACGCUGUUAAAAUGAGCAGGAGGUUGAAGAAUCCUACCUCAGCCUCGGCACAUGUAGCCCCUCCAGAAUAAUAUUUAUUUUGCAUAUCAAUGGUUAAUAUUUAUUCAGAAUAUGGGACUCUUGUCUAAUACUUAAUACCUCAUUGCAACUGGUUGUGUGCGUUUUGUGGAUUUUUAUUUAUUUGUAUCAUUUUUUGACUGGCUGACUGGAUAUCGCUAAAAGCAGCUGCAUGACUGAGGAUAUAUGAACUAUUAUUGUUGCCUUGUAUCAGUAUUGCUCCCAGUUCUGGCUGCAUGGCUGAAACCCAAAUAUGUACAUAUGUGAUAUAUUUUGCUGUAAAAGAGGUUCAAUUAGGGCUGGGUGAUCUGAACAAAAACCAUGAUUAAAAUAUUUAAGUGACUACCAGUCAUUAUCAUGAUGAAUAUCAUUCAUUCAUUCAUUUAUUUGUUUCGAGCAUAAGAAAAACCCCCCAAAACAUUUUAGGUGUACAAGGAGCCAAUAGCAAAGCAAAUACAUUUAUAAGUAAAGGUGAUCAAGACAAUAUAGCAAUUCCCAUGUACACUAUUAAUAACAAAAUAAAUUCAGUGUGUACUGCUCAACUUUAAGCUUUAACGGCUGAUUUUUGAUUAAGCUUUGUGUUUGUUGUGUGUUUACUAUUUGUGAAGGACACAACAAGAUAAAGACAGUGCAACUACGUCAAAGCAACGUAAAAGUCAGAACAAAACAAAAAAAGACACAAGACAAAAGCCUAAAAAAUGCAACAGGAAGAAAAUGGGACAAAAACAUGUAACCAAUAAAAAAAUAACAUAAAAGAUGUAACAAGAUGGAAAUGAUGUAAAGGACACAACAAUGCAAAAGAUAAGGACAAAAGAUGCAACACGUGCAAAGCACCAUAAUGUAAUAAGAUGAAAAUGAUGCAACAACGUAUAUAAUAAAUAUCCAACAACAUAAAAACGACACAAAAAGAUUAAAACAAUUGUAAAGACAGAGCAAGACAACAGUGAUGCAAAAAGCAAAACCAUCAUAAGGAUGCAACGAGAUGAGGCAAUAAGAUCAAAAGGAUAUAAAAAGUAAAAAAAAAACAACACAA